AUGCUUCUCGAGCACCUCAACCCGUGGUACCGCCCUCCAUCAGAAUUCGACCUUCCGUCCCACGCAGCCCUCUUCUUCCAAGCGCCCGUGAAGCUGCUCCUCUACCACGCAUACCACUUGCUCAAUUCCCUGCAUUCCACACCAAGUCCCUCGCAUACAUCGCCUAUACGCGUCGUCUGCCUAUCGGAUACCCACAACCAGAUUCCCGAACAUGUUCCCGACGGCGAUGUGCUCAUCCACGCCGGUGACAUGACGAAUGACGGGAGCGUCGCAGAGAUACAAAGGCAGAUUGAUUGGCUGAGCUCGUUGCCGCACAAGGAGAUUGUGGUGAUUAGUGGCAAUCAUGAUACGUUUCUGGAUCCGAGGGUGCGCCCUUCGCUGUCGGAGGAGCAGAGGAGAGGCAGGAUUGACUGGAAGAGGGUGCAUUACCUGCAGCACCGUCGUCUGAGCCUCACAAUCAAGGUCGAGCCGAGGAAUCGCAAUGGCCCUGAUACAGCCACGCCGUUGCUGGCUGCAGAACAGAACCGCAGACGCAUAAGCAUCUACGGCGCCCCCCAGAUACCCGCGUGCGGCCCCAUGAGUGUCCACGCUUUCCAGUACGAGCGAGGCCAGGAUGCUUGGUCAGAGACUAUACCUGAGGACAUAGACAUUCUCAUCACGCACACACCACCAAAGUUCUACCGCGACCUGUCGUUACCAACGGGCAUAGGGUGUGAGCACCUGCUCGCCGAAGUCCAGCGCGUGAAGCCUACUUUGCACGUGUUUGGUCAUGUACACUGGGGGGCUGGGCAAACCGUGGUAUGGUGGGACAAAGCACACGAUGCCUAUGUGCGCGGGCUCUCGAUGCAGUCGACCUGGACGCGCGGCGUGCUGAAUCCAAAACUAUGGUGGAAUGUCGUCCGCGUUGUCUACCGCGGCGUGAGAGAACUACUGUGGGACCGUGUGUGGGGAGGCCAGAGCCCCAAUACCAUCAUGAUCAAUGCAGCCCAGAUGCGUCAAGACACGGGACAGCUGGGCAACUCGAUCCAAGUCGUCGACAUCUAA